AGUCUAACAUAAUAUUUCAAGUGAGUUUACUUAUGAAGAAGUGAAGCAGAAGCACAACCAACAGAGCCGUCUCCCUUCAUACAGUAAGUCCGCUCUGCUUUCUUUACCCAUCAUUUCAUGCUUUUAAUUUGUUUUUAAGUGGUUGUGUGAUAUGCUGAUUGUCUGUUUAGUGCUGUGAAAUACAUUCAAGUUGAAGGAGUAAUAAAACAAAUGUAUUUAUGCAUAUUCUGCACCCAUACAUAUACUGUAUAUCUGUGUAAAUGGAAGCUACUAGAGAACUACUGGAGCCAUGCACAUUUAUUUCUUCCUCUCCUGAUGUAAAAACACACGUGUGAUAUUAUUUUUUCUAAUUGUGUUCUGCAGUUUUGCAUUAUGGAGAUGUGGCUGUUUCGUUUCUGUGUUGUUUUCUGUACUAUCUGCCGGAUGGCUCCUAUUGGUUUCAGUCAACUUCAAGGUCCCAUUGGUAAUAGAGGACCUCCUGGGUUACCAGGUCGUCCCGGUAGAGAUGGUAUACCUGGAUAUGAUGGUAAACCAGGCCCUCAAGGGGAUUCUGGAGAAAAAGGGUCGGCAGGAGUUCCCGGAUUUCCUGGACCCCGAACGUUGUGUACACAAGAUGACACUGAUUCCAGUUGCGUGGACUCCGAAGCCUUAAAAGCGAGAGUUGCUAAGUUACAACUGGCUAUAAACUACGACUUUGUCCGGAGAGUUGGUCAGAAAUACUUUGUGUCCAACAAACAGAGAGACUCCUUCUCCGAAGCCGUCAAGUUCUGCUCCCAGCGAGGCUUAGAGCUGGCAUUGCCUCAGAACGAGGAGGAGAACAACAUGAUCACUCAGUUCUUUGGGGACAAUUACAAUAUUGCCUGGAUUGGUGUCAACAAUAAAAAAGGGAAUUUUGGGGCUGAUAUGAAAAACCGACCUCUGAUCUUUACCAAAUGGGGAGCAAGACAGCUAGACAGAUCUAUCCAGGACACCGGCUGCACCAUGCUGUUAGAAAACGGUUUCUGGAGUGUAACACGGGAAUACUUCCUCAAUAAUUACAUCAUUUGUCAGAUAUAAAGUCCCAAACUCUUGUCCCACUGUAAUGUGAGGCUUAACAAAUGUUUCCAUAUAAAGUACCUGAUGUAGGGGGACUUAGUCAUUUUUUAAAAGGGUAUAAAUAUGGUAUUGCGUUCACUGUGCAUGACAAGGGUAGAAAUGAUUUCUAAACCAGUUACAGAACUACGUCCCGUUACAAUCACAGUCUGCUGCUGAUGGUGCUGCCGGGGGCGGCCCAGAAUCGCUCCGAUUCUGGGUGGAUUCUGGGCCCCAUGAAAAUACACCACAGCAAACCCUGCACAAUCAUUAUAACCACAUCUCCAUUACGCACACCCAUUCAAGUUUUGAAUAACCAUAUUGGUAUGUAACAUUCUGAAGAUUUGAGUUAAAUAAUCACUAGAUAGAAAGAAAGCAUAUUUCCUCAGUAACAUCUCAUAUAUUUAACAAACAUUCAAAAAAGUCAUGUAUGUGGGAGAUGUAGAGAAGUACUCAUACUCUUAUUAUGUUGCAAUAAAAUACAGUUAUUAACUGCUUUACACUCUAUGCAUAACUUGUCUGUAACUGACUCACAAAUGUUCUCUUUACAAUAAUUUCAAUAAAUGAAACCAUGUAACAAAUCCA